AUGAGAAAUCAUGUACUAGCUGCAUCUUUUUCUAUGCUGUCCCUGCUGGCAAUAAUGGGAGAUACAGACAGCAAAACGGACAGCUCGUUCAUGGUGGACUCAGAUCCUCGACGCUGCAUGAGGCACCACUAUGUGGAUUCUAUCAGUCACCCAUUGUACAAGUGUAGCUCCAAGAUGGUGCUCCUGGCCAGGUGCGAGGGGCACUGCAGCCAGGCGUCGCGUUCGGAGCCCUUGGUGUCCUUCAGCACUGUUCUCAAGCAACCCUUCCGUUCCUCCUGUCACUGCUGCCGGCCACAGACCUCCAAGCUGAAGGCAUUGCGGCUGCGCUGCUCAGGGGGCAUGCGACUCACUGCCACCUACCGGUACAUCCUGUCCUGUCACUGCGAGGAGUGCAGCUCCUGA